AUGAAAACUGUACGUUUGUAAAUCGAUGGAAGGGAUGUUUGAGACUCGAUUGAGUAUAAAAUCAUGAUAUUAACUAUUAAUUAAAACCAGACAGCUGAUAUUUAGAAUCGUAUGUUAUUCACACAUAGCUAAAAUUGCAAUCUACCGUUGCCACGCCAAAACCAUUUUAACUAAGUGCCCCAGAUUUUUUCUACACGAAACGUACGCCAUUAACUAAUCAAAUGUUCUUCUAGAACAUAUAAAAAAAUUAGUCUGGGUUAUUGUAUUUAGAGUUCGUACGGAGGCCGUGAAUAUUGGCUAUUUUCGACAUAUAGCGUGACUGAAAUCUACAAGUGUUUUGUUCCUUCCGGAAGUUCCGGUCGCUAUUUUCUCAUAAAUAGUUGCUAUUUUCAUCGGGAAUUAAACCCGAAAAUGCAUUUCCGUAAGAAUGGCUAUUAUUAUCAAUUUACAUGGUUUUAGCAGUCACAGCAUUCUUUAUUUAAGACUAAGUAGAUAGUGCUAUGACCGAGAUAAUUUCUGUAUAUUUUAUACCGAUUACAUGGAGAGUUUCAGCUUGGGCUGAAUUUCAGCCCGGUAAACCGAGCCGAAAUAGCAUCACGAUUACAUGGGCAGUUUGAACCUGCGCUGAGUUUUAGUCAGAGCAAUAUUUAUUCCUUGUAGUAUUAAAACAAACCCAGGAUGAAAUGUCAUCCCGGCCUGAAAUCAUACGAUAUCACGAAAGGCAAUAUUCCGCUUGUUUGAGCAUUUAAAACGCCGAUUAAUUAGUCGACUAUUUGACUUGUGUAAGACUGUGGUUGCAUAAUUAUUUGCAAUUACAUGCAUGGGAUAUUUCAUCCCGGUUGACAGGGCUGAAAAUCUCAUCCUGGGUGACAUAAACCGGGAUGAAAAUUUCAACCCGGCCUGAAUUUCAGCCCUGUCAACCGGGAUGAAAUAUCCCAUGUAAUCGUAAAUAAUUUCAGCCCCCGGGGUAAAAAAACAAUCGUUUAAGUGGCUUUAUUUUGCAAAUUUUUUCCAUGUAAUCGUAAAAUUCAUAUUAUAUUGAAUUUAUAGGGGCCCCGGUCUGAAAUUUCACUGAUCCCUGUUUGCCAGGCUGAAAUUUCAUCCCGGGCUGAAAACCUCCACAUAAUCGGCCCCUUAUUUUAACUAAAGACAAAACUUAGCACAUUUAUAUUUUCACUAAGCUAUAAAAGAAGGAUGACUUCGAAAUUAUUUUCAGUUUUUUUUAAUUGUUAGUUUGCAUGUGGUUAGGAUGAACAUGCUCAGAGACAGAGAAAUUGUGUUCUCAAUUAAACUCAUUAAUAAUUUAUAAACCCAAAACAAAAGAAAUUAAUGUUUAAUCAUGGGCGUACCGGAAGGAAAAAAUUAGGGGGGCGGAAUCAGUGUAUCAUUUUAGGGGUCCAAAAACUUUUCGGAACGUCAUACAAAUUUUCAACACAUCACAAAAUUGACCACAAAAUUGACGGAAUUUCCCACAAAAUUGACAGAAUUUGUCCCAUUUAUUUUUAUAAUAAGCCAAUAUUGCCCGACUGCAUGUGGAGCGAAUACUGCCCGACUGACUUUGUUUGCCCAACAAACUGGGGGGGGGGGGCUGCCGCCCACCCCGGUACGCCCAUGUGUUUAAUCAGUGUUUUGAAACUGGAAGAAAACUAUCUUCAAAGCAGGUGGAGGAUUUGAAAUCUCCCAGGGUCAGCGGGCCUGAUUAAGUAUUCAUUUUCAAACUACUAGCAGUUUGAAAUUUUUCAAGGUACUAGUAGUUUGAAAUUUUUUAAGGUACUAGUAUUUUUAAAUUUUUCAAGGAACUAGUACACUGGAAUUAAUUUAAGGUACAGAAUAUUGUUCUGCCAUUAACAAAACUACAAAGCAAAAUUAAACACACUUGAAUCCUAAACACUUUUGUGAUGAAAAGUAAACUGUCAGGUAAAAGCGCCGGUUUGUCUUGAGACAGCGAUCGGGCGAUGUAAUUAACGUGUAAAUUUCGUAUCUGGAAAGUUUGAUACUGCAUGUCUAAUAAUAGAUCUUGCCAAGGUCUGACCGUCAUGGAUAUAAAGUGCUCCUUUUUCGCAAUAGUUGUUGGUCAUUGUGGCCAUGAUACUAGAGUUAAAAACAAAUCAUCAGAAUGCGUUCAGUUGUUAAAUUGUAAUCAUGAUUUACAGGGCAUAAAUCGGAAAACAUUGAGCAAUUCCUAAUAUAUCCUGGACAUCGAUCUACUCUUGGAGCAGGGUGGAAACAGGCUGAAAACGAGAAAUGUAGAAUUCCUGUGAUUCUAUCAAAUAUUUCUUUUACCACUAUUUCCAUUGUUACUAGAAACGCGAUGAUAGAGACAACAGUCACGACAGGGAAAUCGGGUAAAACACUGCCAAACAAUUUUUUAGGUACUUUAUUGACUUUGAUUGGCAGCAAUAAAAAUAGUGUUAAUGUUCGCACGUAAAUAUUCCUAAUUUUAAAAACUGCACUAAUUUUGCGAGAUAUAAACAGAACCAAAAAUAUUGUGAUUGUUCUAUCAGGAGAGUAAAUUUAAUCGUACAGUACGGUGGCGCGCGAUCGCCAAUCGUGUCAGUUCUACUUGCUUCACCUGAUGUUAGCUUCUUUAGAGACACUUCCUAAAAAUGCUGUAACUGCUAAAACGCUGCGAGUUGUUAAUAAAGGGUGCCUUUUUAUUUUUAACGGCAUUUUUGGGUUUAAAUUCCGAAUGAAAAUAUAAACGAAAGAGAAAAUAGCACCGGAAGGAACAAACACUUGUCGAUUUCAGUCACGCUAUAAUGUCGAAAAUACCCAAUAUUCACGGUCUCCGUACGAACUCUAAAUACAAUAACCCAAACUAAUUUUUUUAUAUGUUCUAGAAGAACAUAUAAUUAGUUAAUGACGUAAGUUUCGUGAGGAAAACAUCUGGGACACUUAGUUAAAAUGUUUUUUGCGUGGCAACGGUACAUCGCAAUUUUCGCUAUUUGUGCAUACCAUACGAUUCUAAAUAUCAGCUGUCAGGUUUUAAUUAAUAGCUAAAAUUAUUAUUUUAUGCCAAAUCAAGUCUCAAACAUCUCUUCUAUCGACUUACAAACGUAUAGUUUUCACAUCUUUUUCCUACUUUGCAUGCGUUACUUGUUUUUGAACUUGUUUGAUUCAACUGAAAAUUUGCAUAUUUUUGAGGUCGCCGACAGCCGAACGGUUUUUCUCGGAUUUCUCGGAAUUUUAACGGUUUUUGGAAAACAAACCAUAUCACGUUUGUUUACUUGCUAAUGCCUUCCAGCAAACCAAAAAUGAGCAAAAUCGAAAUUUUGAAUGUGUCCGCGAAUUCUCGAUUUUGCUCCAUUUUAGUGGACAUCCGCUCUUAAGCUGUAAAACGAAGAGAUUUACAUAAAAAAAAUUCAGAGGCGGGCGGUGACGCUAACCAAGUUUUUUUUUUUAUUUGGCCUAAUCCUAACCCAUGUUUGUUUCUAAACCAAUCUUGAAGAAACUCUGUUUACUCGUGAAUUUUUUAUACAUUUUGAAACUUACAAAUGUCUAAUACAUGUACUAUAUCUUUUAGAUCGAGCAGGAAUUACGUGAUCGCAAGUUAUCGGAAGACGAAAAUCUUGACGUGAUGUUUUGUUCACUUCAAAGUAUCUUACAAAGUCAUGAAAUGUUCAGUAUGGUCUUGGCUGCUCGCAUGAAUGAGUGGACAGUGGAAGGAAGAUUAGGAGAUAUCAUUUGUGCUUCGGUAUGCAUUUGUUUACACCCGUUUUCAAAAUUACGCGACCAAAGACGAAAAUGCUAGAGUUGACAUGUCAGUUUUAUGUCAUUCGAUCACGAAGUUCAAACUUUGAGUUUUGCGGUUCGUUGUCGAUGUAUAUGCUUUGUAUAAACAGACUACAAUGAUUUUCAAGAUAUUUUAGUGAGAAUUAUUGUAAAAUUUAAGCACGACAAAAUCAUAACAUCACUGUUAUAGUCUAGCGCGCGUGUUUUAUACUGACAGCUAUAUUCCAGGAUAAAUUGUAAUUUUUCAAACUUUAAAAGUCAUUCACGCCACAUAUUUAUGUUGUGAUGGUUUGUAUUGUGCUUUAGUUUGUAUAUCUAAGUUAUCUGACUCAUUUUUGUUCAGUUUUGGUAUUAAAUACGGUUUAAAAUGUCUUUAGACAGUUUGUUCACGUUUGCUAUUUUUAGCAGUUCUUGUGACAUAAAACUGACAUCUGAAGUAGGAGUAUUUUUCAGGGAGGUCGCGUAAUUUUGAAAACGGGUGUAAUGUAGUGAAAGUGCAACUAACCUCAUGCAAAUAUGCAUUUUGGUAUCUGUAAUACAUGCAGGGUGUAUGAAAAAAGAACAAGCUUUCGUUGGUAGGAAUGCAACUACCUGAAAAUACAUAAGGAGAAUUUCGACGUUUCGAGCGAAAGCCCUUCGUCAUAUGUUUUCAGGUAGUUGCAGCCCUAUACCAACGAAAGCUUGUUCAUUUUAUUGGCACUACCUACACUGGCAAAGACAGUGUAUGAAAAAAGGUAAUCCAUUUUUGGAGCAACGUCGCAAGCCUGGCUCUCUAUAUUUCGCGUCGUAGAAGUAGGUAGCCUGACUUGCAAGGUUAAACGGAGAAUUCUGUCGCUAUAACCAAAUUAUACUGUAACAGGCUAAACUGAUUUUAUUGUUCGAUUCGUUUUGCGCCGAAAAAUUUUGCCUCGUGCAAACAGGUUGCAAACAGUGCAGCCGUACUGUUGAAGCCAAAUGUUCUGUUUGACGAUAUACGCUCAAAACAGAAAUGGUGGAUAUGUGUAUCGCUUGCCUAAUAUAUAGCUUCCUAGUUUCUUUAUGAAUGUGAUGCUGAACACUGAACUUAAUGAUGUUGCAGAAACAAUUUCCAACUAAAUGACCAUGCUAUAAUUUGUGUAUCUUCUCUUUCAGUUUUCAAAGUCUACAACGACUAUGGCUUACACGGACUUUGUGAACAACUUUCUUGAAGCCAUAGAUACCUUCAGAGCUGUAUGUAAAAACAACAGCGUGUUUUCUCAAUACGUUCAGGUCAGUAUUGUGUGGUGUUAACUGUUAUAGGAGUAUCUCAUUAAAGACGUAAAGACUAAUGGCGUAAGGUUGCAUUUCACAGGAGUAUUGCGCCAUUCCUUUCCUCAGCGGUUUAUCUCUCUAAUCUCCUAUUAUCUCCAUGAUUUUGUUUUUAAUAAAACUCUCUUAUUCUGUAUUGACUUAAGUCUCAUCGGUUUUAUUUUCUUCUUCUUGGCGUUGUAGAUUCCCAAAUUAAUAAUAUACAUGGAAAAAUUACUCAUGAAUUCUGAUUGGCUAAGAACAAUGCAAUUUUAUCGUAGUACUGUGAAAAUGUAAUUCAGCUGUUGUAAACUUUUAUUAAGUUGUCAUUUCAUUGAGUGAGUAAAUCAGUUAUUUCGCAUUCGACUUCGACUACAUUCAUAUGCCAAUUACUGCUAAAAUGUGAAAUUAUACUCACAAAUUACGUCACAAAUUUCAGAGUCAUUAGCCUGUGAACAGGAUCUGAGAGACCACGAUCAUAAAGCCUGUUUUAAUGGGCAGUACACUGUCUCACUGUAAUUUCUGAAUUAUUGUACAGAAAUUUCGUAUGAAUGAUCUGAGUCUGAAUUAUUGUACAGUGAUAAUUUGUCUUCAAUUUUAGGCAAAAAUAAAUGUUGUAAAGCCUAAAACAACUUUCCAUGAUCUGAUGCUCAAGCCUUUCGAAAGAUUCCCAGAGUUUAUCAUACUGGUCCAGGUAAGACUACUUCUGUAAUGUAAAGAAUUAGGUUAACUUUAUUUGUACUGCAUGAAUAUAGCUUUAUCAGUUUAUCUCUAUCAAAUUAUAAGACGUGACGAUCUGUGAUUUGCCGUUGCAAACAGAGCGAGAAUGACGUCUAAAAUUCCGCGAGAUUUUCAUUAUUUAUUUCCUACAAUAUUAUGAAUUUCAUUGUAUUAAUAGCAUUUUCGUCUUGCUUCCUUACAGGGUUCGUACAAAACUUGAAAGUCCUCGAAUGUCCUAAAAUUUGAAAAAAAAUAUUCAAGGUCUCGAAUGUCCUUGGAAUUUGUAAAGAAAUACUUGCAUGAAAGUCCUUACAUUUUUCUUGCUUUUAUAGUUUUUGGAUAUUUUCUGUAAUUGUUUGACAUUCAAAACGGACAUUUUGUUGAAUUGAUUUUGCAUAUGCAUAUCUGACAAAGCUGUUUGAAACUCAUUAAAGUUGCCUUUUGAACAAUUCAACGUCAGAUUUUACUGAUCACCAACCCCUUUUCUUCAGUAUUUAGUUCUUGAAUUUGCUGAUACAUGCAUCAUGGCCUUGAAUGUCCUUGAAAAGUCCUUGUACUUGACUCUUCCUCACAUGUACGAAACCUACAUGUUCUUAUACAAGGUUCCUAAGUCUAAUAACAGUAGUUCAUAGUUUUUGUCGUUACAACUAAAAGUGUAAAUUUAAAGCUGUUUCUUGUCAUGUCCUUGUACUUGAUUAAGCCUUCAGGUUAAGUUCGCCAUUGCAGUACCAAUGCGGUACAAAUAAAAAGCUUGAUUAAUCUCGCCCUGCGCCUGAUAAACAUGUUUCAGAAUAGACUUCCGAAAUUUAAUACUAAAUAAAUGAUUAGUGCCACUAACAUUUCCUAUUGAAACAACGGUAUGUUGUGACAGAGUCUGGCAUAUACAGUCUUUUAUUUCUUCAGGAUCUUUUGGAAGUGACACCAGUGAGUCACGUGGACCGAGUACCACUGCAGCUCGCACUGACGCAGUUAGAGUGUCUGGCAGAACUAAUUAAUUCGCGACGUAAGGAAGGUGAAAUGAAGAGUCAACUGAAAUACCUUGACACGCAAAUCAGUCAGUUGAACAAGGUUGGUUGCAUUUUUAAUAGUUACAUGGUUUUGUUUCGUUAAUUAUCAAAUUCGUUAAACAUUUAUGGCAAAAUACAAAUGAAAUCAGAACCGCGUCGUUCUUUUGAUAUUUAACAAAUAUAAAACAUUUUCCGUGUUGAUAUACAGUUAUAUCAACACAAGUGGAAUUGGGAAAACGAGAAAUUGUAUGGAAACACGACGCCCGAAGGGCGGAGUGUUUUCAUACAAUUUCGAGUUUUCUCAAAUUCCACGAGUGUUGAUAUAACUAUAUAUCAAUACGGAAAAAAGUUUUAUAUUUUUUUUAUAAUAUAGCAAUGUCAAAAGCCCGAAGUAUAAGAAAAAUUUCCGUGUAUACAAGCGGCGGAAAAUUUCCCGUGUUGACAUUGAGUUAUUUCAACACGGCUCUUAGCCAAUCAGAAUUUACAAAUGCUAUAUUAUAAAAUGUAAUAUUAAUAAUAAUAUUAAUCUUUUGAUAUAGUAAUAUUAAUCUUUUGAUAUUAGUAAUAUUAGGUCAUUUAUUAGAAUAUACACGAGACCUUAAGAUUGACUUUUACAGCAGACUGCUUACAGCCAGAGGCAAGCUUUAAUUUGUUUAGGUCAACAGUUGUACUUUAAAAUUGAAGCACUCGCAAGUUCGUAGGGAGGAAGGUUGAUUUCUGCCGGACUUAAUGCUACAUAUGCGGCCCUGCGACUCCGGUGUCACCCCAUAGUACUGUAUAUACAUGAACUUGUGGUUAGAGCUCGGCAGCUGCAUGGCUCAUUUGGUUAGAGGGCUGCACCUGAAUAACAUAGCCCAGCUUCGAUUCCUGCCAGAAGGCCGCUAUAUAAUUACAUUGUUCGCAGCUGCUCCUGAUCAGGUCUAAAAAUGUAAUUUCGAAAACUCAUGAUCAUUAUAAAUAAUUCAUGAGGAAAACACAAAGAAAAAUCAUAAGCUUGUCGUAUCUUUAUAUGUGAUAGAGAUUUUCCAUCAAUUACAUAAACUUUAACUUUUCUCGACUUACACAACGUGUCUUUUGAAAAUUAUUACGCCAAGGAAUUUACUACAUGUAGAUCGAUCGUUUUUGAAGCAAUUUAAAACAUUCGCAGUGCGUGUUUUAUCCAUCUACGAAAAGCAUUUAGUUUAUAGUUCUGUUGAAUGGGAUGCCUAAAAAAUUCUGAUAUUUACCUAAGAAUGUUCAAAACAAUCUGCAAGCGUUUGAAAAUAUAAUAGAAGUAAAAUAUUGGAUGGAUUUUUGUUUUAUAUUACGUUAACGUUAUAUUCUAUUAAUUUUAGCCAUUGUCAUCGUCAGGAAGAGUUUUUAUUCGCCAGGAUGACAUGAUCCAUUGUGUAAGUUUUACGAACUUAUCUAUAUAA